AUGGAGGCGAAAAAUAACGGACCUAACGAGAGAGCUUCGAAUGGAGUCAUAGAUGGACCUACGAACCCUAUGGUCACGCCUCUUCUCAAUGAUCUCUAUCAAUUCACCAUGGCUUAUGCUUAUUGGAAAGCAGGCAAACAUCAAGAACGUGCUGUGUUUGAUUUGUAUUUUCGGAAGAAUCCGUUUGGUGGGGAGUAUACUGUGUUUUCUGGUUUGGAAGAAUGCAUAAGGUUCAUAGCUAAUUUCAAACUCACUGAGGAUGAUAUUGAUUUUGUUAGGCAAAGUUUGUCUACUUCUUGUGAGGAUGAGUUCUUUGACUAUCUUAGAGGACUGGACUGCUCCGAUGUAGAGGUGUAUGCUAUUCCCGAGGGAUCAGUAGUUUUUCCUAAGAUACCCUUGCUAAGAGUUGAAGGUCCAAUUGCUGCCGUUCAAUUAUUGGAAACUCCUUUUGUGAAUCUAAUUAAUUUUGCAUCAUUAGUUUCUACUAAUGCUGCAAGGCAUCGCAAAGUUGCAGGAAAAUCCAAAACUUUACUUGAGUUUGGACUACGAAGGGCUCAGGGGCCUGAUGGUGGAGUAGGAGCGUCAAAGUACUGUUAUCUUGGUGGAUUUGAUGCUACAAGCAAUGUUGCAGCGGGGAAGUUAUUCGGAAUACCGCUUCGUGGUACACAUUCCCAUGCCUUUGUUAGCUCAUAUAUGAGCCUUGAUGAGAUUACAGAUAAAUCACUUCGCAGAAAAGAUGGAUCAAGUACAUGUGAAGAUUUUGUUAGUCUAGUUCAAACAUGGCUGAGCAAAAUUAAGUUGGUAAAGGGUGUUUUUGGUGAGACCAAUCAAAGUGAGUUGGCAGCAUUCACGUCAUAUGCAUUGGCAUUUCCUGAUAACUUUCUUGCCCUUGUAGACACUUAUGAUGUGAUGAGAAGUGGAAUCCCAAAUUUCUGUGCAGUUGCAUUAGCUCUUGGUGAUUUAGGAUACAAAGCAGCUGGCAUUAGAUUGGAUUCUGGUGACCUUGCAUAUUUGUCUUGUGAGGCCAGGAAGUUCUUUUGUUCCAUUGAGAAUGAAUUUAGGAUGCCUGGAUUUGGGAAGUUGAUAAUCACUGCUAGUAAUGACCUCAAUGAAGAAACAUUAGAUGCUUUAAAUAAACAGGGUCAUGAGGUUGAUGCCUUCGGAAUUGGUACAUACCUAGUCACAUGUUAUGCUCAAGCUGCCUUGGGUGUUGUUUUCAAGCUGGUUGAGAUCAAUAAUCAGCCUCGUAUCAAACUUUCUGAAGAUGUGUCAAAGGUCUCUAUUCCGUGUAAAAAGAAAUCCUAUAGGUUGUUCGGGAAAGAAGGUUAUCCCUUGGUAGACAUAAUGACUGGAGAAAAUGAACCCUCUCCAAAGGUAGGAGAAAGAAUCUUGUGCCGUCAUCCCUUCCAAGAAUCCAAGAGAGCGUAUGUCGUGCCACAGCGUGUUGAGGAGCUUCUAAGGUGUUACUGGCCUGGUAAAUCAGGUAAAACAAGGGAAACGUUACCACCUCUAAAGGAAAUUAGAGAGCGAUGCAUCAACCAACUUGAGCAAAUGCGACCUGAUCACAUGAGGAAACUUAACCCAACUCCAUACAAGGUUAGUGUAAGUGCAAAAUUAUAUGAUUUCAUUCAUUUCUUGUGGCUCAACGAGGCACCGGUUGUGGAGCUGGAGUAA